AUGAUGCAAGACUUCAAGAACAAAGCGUUUGGAAUAUGCGGAAACAUUUCGUACGAUGCCAACAAGAAAUUUAUUAUCAAAAAAAUAUCGUCCUUACGGUCAUCUUUCCGACGCCAGAUAAGGCGAAUUAAUAGUUCAAAGAGAAGUGGGGUGGGAACAGAAGAUGUACCAGAACCUACAUUGUGGUAUUUUGAUCUAUUGUCUUUCCUGAUGGAUCAAGAAGAGUCUCGUGCAGCGGUUUCUUCGAUAGAAGGAAAUAACCUAGAUGACCAAUCACAGGCCUCAGAAACCGAUGCAUACACAAAACAUUCUGAUCAAGAUUUAGAUUCAUCAUCAGUUUUAUCGCCUGAAGCUCCUCAAAGUGCAACACCAAGUUCCCGUAACAAGCGAACUCUCAACUGCACAACUUGGACACAAAAGAAAAAUAAAUUUUUGGAUGCUUCCAUAAAAGUAUUGGAAACUCCGCAACAGGAUGUUCUUGAACCACAAGAAAUAACAUUUGGCAAAAAUACUGGUCAACAAUUACAGGAUAUUGCAGUUGGACAGAAGAUAAUAGCCCAAAAACUGAUUUCGGAUGUGCUAUACCAUGCAAAAUUGGGAAAUCUCACACAUUCUCUACCAACCACCAUCAUAUCAAAGUGCCCCAUGCGUUCCGCAAGCACAAAUAUUUCAAAACUCAUGCUCCAGGUAUACAACAUCCAUUAA